AUCAGAAUGUGAAUCAUUUUGUGGUUUAUGGUUCACAGUGGUGUGAACAUUGAUUCACGUAAUAUUGAAGCUGAUGCAAGUACUUUGAAAUGAAGCAAUCUGAAGGCAUCAGAUUUUACCCCGAGAAAAAUCUGCCCAGAGAUGAGAACUCAGCCGUCAAAUACACUCUUCUUGGGCUACUUGUUAUUUUAAUCUCUCUCGUUGUUUCUACUUUAUCAAGCCUAAUUACUUAUCAACUUGCUCUCAGAGAGUUCACUGCCCAGCAAACACUACAAAACAGUACCAGGAGAGAGGAAAACACAAAAACUGGAACAGAUUCGGGACCUAUUUUUAUCGCGGGAAGCGACGACUUAGCAGUUCGCAAUCUAAAAGAAGUUCAGAAUAUUACUGAGUUCGUUCACACAUUAGAGCACGAAUUGGAAGCCCGAGUUAAUGCCUCUCUGCUGGGAAAUGAGAUGAAAAUUGAACGAUACGUGGAGAGUAAAAUUAAGGACCGGGUUGAGCAGAUCGGAAGUAAUACUGCGUCUUCACAGUGCAACCUAACAAGUGAAAAAGUGAAGGCACUGUUGGAUCUUCAGGGUCUGCUUGAGAGCAAAGUGCAACUGCUUCGGGAGCUGAACAGGACGAGAGUGGACUCUCUGUUCGCUUCCAAAGUGCUCUCAUCAGUUGCGGUGAACAGAAUUAACUCCUACUUUGAAGACAGAAAUAUUGUGCCCAAACAGAUCACACUGUUGUACAGAGGAAGCCAGCAAGGAUUCUCUGCGAAGUCGUUCCACGCAAAGUGUGACAACAGAGGUCCCACCCUUGUGGUGGUGAGGAGUAAGGCGGACAAUGACAACCCAAGAGGUCAAGUGUUUGGAGGGUACACCACAGCCGAGUGGCAGAUGCAACAUGCCAACAAGAUCGGCUCAAAAGAUGACUUCCUUUUCAGCUUAGAAUGGAAGGAGGCGUUGUCUAUACAACAAACUGGCAAUGCAAUCAAGACAGCAGAGCACAUGGGUCCUCAGUUCGGAGUGAACCCGGAGUUGAAAUUGGGCCACGAGUGUCACAAGGAGACCUCAGAGAACUCGCUCUCCAAACUGGGAUCAAAAUCUGCCACCUUCCAGACCCCAUCAAGUGGGGAGACAUCCUUCGUCAGAGGACCAACAGGAUACUUCGUAUGUGACGAAUACGAAGUAUACAGUGUUCGGUUAUAAACUACUUUUUUUAAAUUUAGGAUAGCAAUUUCUUCCUGAAAUAUGAAAAAGCGAUCACCUAAAAAGUUUCUUGUGUGCUGUGAUUUGAUUGUAUUAUUGAUGUUGUGCUAUUAAAGAUGCAUCUCGAUUGGAUUAAAAAGACCCUCCGGCUAAAACAAUUGUUAAAGUCGCUUUUGACGAUAUUCGUUUUUUUUUGGUGCAGCGUCAUGCAGUGAAAUUAAUUGAUUGGUGCUUAAAGUUUCAACAUAUGCUGAAAUUCAUCUUUUUAUCUUGUGCUUUAUUAUUUUGGGUGCUUCUUUGAUGGUUUCUCCGUCAAUUCUUUCUCCACGAAGCUGUUGUAGCCGGUUAGCUGAUAACCAAUGGCGCUAGUGUACAAGGAGGCUGUUAACUAUUCCAAGCACCCCCAUUUUGCAAAGAGGGAAUUCUUCGUAUAUGUUCACUCGUUGACCCAACAAAGAAGGGGGUAUGGUUAGUUGUCAAGAUCCGUGUGUACAAUUAGGAAGAUCUUAUCUAUCAUUUACAGUGCUCCUUCAUCUGUCUUUUUCAUCUUUCAAAAAUGUUUUCUCUACCUGCGGGUUUCCAGGUUGAGUAAAAAAUUUUUUUUAAAUGUUGCUGUUUUUUGAACACUUACAGCUUAUAUCAUGUGCGUCUAAUUAUAAUUGUGCUUCUUUCUUUUGCACGUAUUCUUAUCUAUUGUCUUAGAAAGCUUAGUCUUCCAUUUACCAAAACAAAUCAAUAUUUAUUUUGAUUAAUAAAUGCAGAUUUGAAACAUGUGUAAUGUUCUUAUCCAAAUUACAAUAAAAAUUUAGAAGGAAAA